UUAUUUUUUUUGACAUCUGGUAAUUGACAUUGGAAAGCUGUGAAACGAAUCUUCGAAAUCGAAACUGCGUGGCUCUGCAGCAGCUUACGACCACUGACCCUUUUGAUUCCGAUUCAAUCGAAAGACGACGGAUACAAGUUCUCGCCAUCGCCGAGCCGGAGCCGGAGUCUGAGCUGACCCUGAGGCCGGUGUCCGUAACUCUUCCAAUAGACUCUGUUAGUGGAGAUACCUUGAGAGAUGAAGAUCGUUCGCAGGGAUUUUGUUCGUAAUGGACCCGGAAGCGUUAAGAUGGUGGCAGAGGACUCUGAUGAUUUGUGGUAUGCUUAUAACUUGAUUGCGGUGGGAGAUAGUGUAAUGGCUGUCACUUUCAGAAAAGUUCAGAGAGAGAUACCUGGUGGGGGAAGAGACUCUGAACGUGUUAAACUGAAGUUGGAAGUACAAGUUGAGGAGGUGGACUAUGACAAAGACGGAUCUGUUUUGCGCAUACGUGGCAAAAAUAUCCUGGAGAAUGAGCACGUAAAGAUUGGUGCAUUCCAUACUUUGGAGCUUGAGCUGAAACGACCUUUUGUAUUGAGAAAGGAAAUUUGGGACUCAAUGGCUCUUGAUACACUCAAGCAGGCCUCAGAUCCCGCUGCUAGUGCUGAUCUAGCUGUAGUUCUAAUGCAAGAAGGACUGGCACAAAUCUUCCUUGUCGGCAGAAGUGUGACAAGUAGCCGUGCACGAAUAGAAACAUCCAUUCCUAGGAAGCAUGGACCUGCAAUUGCUGGUUACGAGUCUGCUUUGAAGAAAUUUUUUGAGAAUGUUCUGCAGGCCUUUGUGAAACAUGUUGACUUCAGUGUCGUUCGCUGUGCAGUGAUUGCAAGUCCCGGCUUCACAAAGGAUCAGUUUCAUCGCCACUUAUUGUUGGAAGCAGAAAGAAGACAAUUGAGACCUAUCAUUGAGAACAAAUCACGUAUAAUAUUGGUGCACACAAACUCUGGAUAUAGACAUAGCCUGGGCGAGGUUCUCCAUGCUCCCAACGUGAUGAAUAUGAUCAAAGAUACUAAAGCAGCAAAGGAGGUUAAAGCUCUCAACGAUUUUCACACCAUGCUUUCAAAUGAUCCAGAUCGGGCAUGCUAUGGACCAAAACACGUGGAAGUUGCUAAUGAACGAAUGGCAAUCCAAACGCUUCUCAUUACGGACGAGCUUUUCAGGAAUUCUGACGUAAAAACAAGGAAGAAGUAUGUGAAUUUGGUGGAGUCGGUGAAAGAUUCGGGAGGAGAGGCUUUUAUAUUUUCGGCGAUGCAUGUGUCAGGGGAACAAUUGGCACAGCUGACUGGAAUUGCAGCUCUUCUCAGGUUCCCUUUACCAGAACUCGAAGACAUUGAGAUGUAAAAUAUGUUCGGCUUACAAUGCGCAACAAAUCAUAUAGGUCUCAUAUUUUAUUAGUUUGUUUCACUCAGUUUCAUAAAGAGAGUUUUUUAACUCUUUACAAAUUAUAAGUUAAAUCAUUCGUUGCUGUCUAUAAGAAAAAAAACCAUAGAGUCAACAAUGUGAAACGUUUUCUUUCUGAUUUUUAAAACAUAUUUGUGGAGCACUAUUGUAUACAUACAAUUGAUUUUGUAAGAA